AAAAUCUCUUUGAACGCUUACUUGACUAUGACGCUGACCGACCAAGUGCUCAAGCGCAUUCCGCACGACGUAUCGGCCGAGCAGAUCGUGGCUGCGGUGUGCUAUGCCGUCGCUAUACUGCUGCUAGCCACUCUGACCGUCAUCUACUUCCUCUACGGCUUCUUUACAGUCUUCAGCGUAAUCUUCUUGCUGCUACUUCUAAUUCUCCGCUGGGUUUAUUUAAACGCAGUGGGGGUGCUGGGCUGGACAAGCCCUUGGGUACGCAACUCGGACGUGGUGAUCGAGUCCUUAUCCAGCAACCCACAACAGAAAGGGACACUGCGUGUUGUCUGCAUCUCGGACACACACGCCAAGCACCGCAAUCUCCGGGACAUCCCAGAGGGGGACGUGUUGCUACACUGUGGAGAUUUUACGAACCGCGGAACCCACGACGAGAUCCGCGACUUCAAUGACUGGCUGGGCACGUUACCCCACCGACAUAAAGUGGUGAUUGCAGGCAACCACGAUGUCUGUAUGGACGCAGUCGAGUACGACCAGCAUUGGAACAAGGCAUUCCGUCAUAAAGUAUACAACGACCCCAGUCUUUCCAGAGCACUGCUAACUAACUGCACGUACUUGGAGAACCGCUCUACUGUCAUUAAUGGAGUGAAGAUUUACGGAUCUCCCAUGACUCCACCGAUCCCUGGACGAGCAGGGGCGUUCAAUGUGGCUCGAGGGUUUGCGGACCAGCAACAUUGGACCAAAGUCCCGGCCGAUGUCGAUGUGCUAGUGACGCAUGGACCACCUCAUGGAAUUUUAGACACAACGUUUACUGGAUUGCACGUGGGUAGCGAGACACUGUUGAAGGAGACGAUGUCGAGGAUCCGACCUAGUUUCCACAUCUUUGGACAUAUCCAUGAAGCGUACGGAGCUACUCGAGUGGGGAAGACUGUGUUCGUGAAUGCAGCGAGUAGUACGCUGCUAACGAAGCCUCGUCAUGCGCCUGUAGUGCUAGAUAUCCCAGUCAAAUGUUAAGCCAUGGAUUGUUCUUGUUAUCCUGUGUUUUCGUGAUUAUUGGACGCUGUAGGAUCGUGUGGAUACUGUAUCCAUAAUCCGAAAACAUGCAUCUGGACAUUCUGGCGACUACCAGU